AUGGCCGAGCUGAUUGAUGUCGACCUGACUGUAGAUACAACGUUCCCGUCCGACUUGCCGGUUCCCCAGGAUGACGGACUGUACGACCACUUGACCGGUUUCACGAUCCCGCACGAUAUUAGCCUCGUUAUUGCACAGAGGACGACUGAAAGUAUCAGCCUUGCCGACCUCAAGGGGCUGACUGUGCUCUUUUGUUACCCAAGAACAGCUGCGCCGAACGAGACUGUUCCGGAUUUCUGGAACUCAAUUCCCGGCGCCAGAGGAUGUACGCCUCAGGCCUGCUCGUUUCGAGAUAACCUGCCGCAACUGCGCGCACUGGGCGUGGACCAGAUCUAUGGCAUCUCGACACAGUCUCCAGCGUACCAGGCUGAGGUGCACGACCGGCUGCAUCUGCCGUAUGACUUGCUUAGUGAUGAGAAGUUGGAAUUCCAGCAAGGUCUGAAUCUGCCGACGUUAGAUUGGCAUGGACAGAAACUUCUCAGGCGGUCGAUGAUUGCCAUCCAGGACGGCAAGGUGGCUAAGUGGUGGUACCCUGUCUUCCCACCAGAUCGUGGCGUGGAUGAUCUCAUUGCCUGGUUGAAGGAGAGGUGA